GCUUGCACAGAGCGCUGCAGAAUGCCGCUGGCUGGCGGACUGCCCACCCCCGCCCAGCCCGUGCCUAUAAGGCCUCCGCAGUGCAGGGGCCCCCACUGCUCCCAGAUGACACCAGAGAUGAGGACAGUCCUGCUGCUCCUCGCCAUCCUGGCAGUGGCUACGGGGCCAGCCCUUGCCCUGCGCUGCCACGUGUGCACCAACUCCAGCAACUGCAAGCAGCCUCAGGUCUGCCCGGCUGGCUCUCGCUUCUGCAAGACCACGAACACAGUGGAGCCUCUGAGGGGGAAUCUGGUGAAGAAGGACUGUGCGGAGUCGUGCACACCCAGCUACACCCUGCAAGGCCAGGUCAGCAGUGGCACCGGCUCCAUCCAGUGCUGUCAGGAGGACCUGUGCAAUGAGAAGCUGCACAACGCUGCACCCACCCACACCACCUUCGCCCACAGUGCCCUCAGCCUGGGGCUGGCCCUGGGCCUCCUGGCCCUCGUCUUAGCCCCCAGCCUGUGACCUCCCCCCGGGGAAGGCCCCUCAUGCCUUUCCUUCCCUUUCUCUGGAGAUUCCACACUCCUCUUCCCCAGCCGCAAUGGGUGUGCCAGGAGCCCCAGGCUGAAGGCUUCCCCGAAAGUCUGGGACCAGGUCCGGGUGGGCAUGGAGUGCUGAUGACUUGGAGCAGGUCCCACAAUCCCACAGAGGAUGUAGCCCCCCUACAGAGGAUGCAGCCCCCAGCCGCAUGGAGGGUGGGGACAGAAACCCUGGCGAUCCCCGGAUUUCACACUCCUGUUCUGUUGCCGUGUAUUUUUCUACUCAAAUCUCUGCAUGGAGAUAAAUGAUUGAAACCAG